UCGCGCAGGUUCCGGAAGAGCUCGGCUCCCAGAGCCGGGCGUGCAGUACAGCUGCGAGCUGCUGUGGCCACUGGGGCCAAGUGCUUUGUUCCCAGCUCCUUGUUGCCCUUGCGCGCGCAGAGAGGCCGAAGUCCUGGUGUCGCGCGCGCCUAGUGCGGCGAGGGCUGAGCACCGAGUGCGAUCACUGCAACCACGGCUCAGGAGCUCGUGCGCCCUGCGCAGCUUAGGGGCGGUCCCACGCAGCUGCUGCUCCCGUGCGGUCCCUACGAGGCGGUAGCCCCGAGGUUGCCUAGGCGGUGCGAUGCUGGGCCCGCCCGGGAGCCCGGGAAGGGAAAGCGGAAGCCGCGAGCCGGGCUGGUGACCGCGAGGACUCUGCGCCUCUCCACGGCUGCCGGCAGCACCCGCGCCUGUUCUCGGCUGUCAGUCCUGCGGCACCCGGCGCGCCGUAACCAUGGCCAUCGCUCACCUGGCCACGGAGUACGUGUUCUCGGACUUCUUGUUGAAGGAGCCCACCGAGCCCAAAUUCAAGGGGCUGCGGCUGGAGCUAGCGGUGGAUAAGAUGGUCACAUGCAUCGCCGUGGGUCUGCCUCUGCUGCUCAUCUCGCUGGCCUUCGCUCAGGAGAUCUCCAUCGGUACCCAGAUAAGCUGCUUCUCCCCAAGCUCUUUCUCCUGGCGACAGGCUUCCUUUGUGGAUUCCUACUGUUGGGCGGCUGUACAGCAGAAGAGUUCCCUGCAGAGCGAGUCUGGAAACCUCCCACUUUGGCUGCACAAGUUCUUCCCCUACAUCCUGCUGCUGUUCGCCAUACUCCUGUACCUGCCCACGCUGUUCUGGCGCUUCGCGGCAGCCCCACACCUCUGCUCAGAUCUGAAGUUCAUCAUGGAAGAACUCGACAAAGUCUACAACCGUGCCAUCAAGGCUGCCAAGAGCGCCCGGGACUUGGACCUGAGAGAUGGACCUGGACUGCCAGGAGUGAAUGAGAAUGUGGGGCAAAGUCUGUGGGAGAUCUCUGAAAGUCACUUCAAGUACCCAAUCGUGGAGCAGUACUUGAAGACGAAGAAGAACUCUAGUCAUUUGAUCGUGAAGUACAUUAGCUGCCGACUGGUGACACUGGCCGUCAUCCUGCUGGCGUGUGUCUACUUGAGCUAUUACUUCAGCCUCUCCUCACUGUCAGACGAGUUUCUGUGCAACAUCAAAUCGGGCAUCCUGAGCAAUGACAGCACCAUUCCCGACCGCCUCCAGUGCAAGCUCAUCGCCGUCGGCAUCUUCCAGCUGCUCAGCUUCAUCAACCUCAUCGUGUACGCCCUGCUGGCCCCCGUGGUCAUCUACACACUGUUCGUCCCGUUCCGGCAGAAGACAGAUGUUCUCAAGGUCUACGAGAUCCUGCCUACUUUCGAUGUUCUGCAUUUCAAGUCUGAAGGCUACAACGACUUGAGCCUCUACAACCUCUUUCUGGAAGAGAACAUAAGUGAGCUCAAAUCAUACAAGUGUCUUAAGGUGCUGGAGAACAUUAAAAGCAACGGGCAGGGCAUCGAUCCCAUGCUGCUCCUGACCAACCUAGGCAUGAUCAAGAUGGAUGUCUUUGAUGGAAAGACCCCCAUGUCCGCAGAGAUCAAGGGACAGGACCAGGGGAGCCGGAUGACGGAGUUCAAAGAUUUGGACCUGAGCAGCGACACUACAACCAAUAAUGGAGAGAAGAACUCUCGACAGAGACUUCUGAAUGCAUCCUGCUGAUGGUUUUGUUCUUGAGUUUCAAGUUUGUGGUUUCUGCGGCCAAAGCCCCGUUGUUGGGCCUGUAGCUAGUUGGCGGUAAAGUGUCUUUGUUAGUGAUGUGGUGUGUGUCUUACCAGUCCCCGAUAGACACAAUGGCCAAAGUGUCAUCUGUCACUGUGAAAGACGAGUGCCAUUGAAGAAAGGAUUAGGACUGUCCCACAAGACGAAAUAUGGAAAUGAGUAAUGGGCUCUGUCCGAGGUCCUCAUCAAAGGGCUGCUAAGAGCAUAGAGCCUUCUAGAGCCUUCUAGAGCCUUGAAGAAACGCCGUUCUGGACUGACAUGUUGCGAGACCUGGAGCUUCCGGAGAACAAGCACUCUGGGAGAUGUCUUGUUUUAUGAGAUGAUAAUAAACAUGGCAGGGUAUAAUUUAAUAAUGGCCUCUGUGUGCUCUUACUGACCGUUGAAGAAGGAAAGCACUCACUGGUCCGACCAGCAACCUUGGCCUGUGCACGGCAGCGCCCUAAGUUGGGUGUGACCUGGAGUCAUGGCCCCUGUACUGGCAGACUCUCCUGUCACUCGCCAGCCUCAGCUGAUUGUUGUCCUGUAACCUCUGCUCGCUGCUGUUUGCCCUCUGCAAGCACAGCAGGCUGAGGCCGUGCCGACUGAACCCAGCUGAGGAGGCAGAUUGUGUAUUGGUCAUGCUAUGGUGACUCUCGGAAGGCUUCAGAGACAGCCCAGUGGGAAAUCUGAAUUUAGAUGUACUGAUAGAUGUCGUCAGGGAUCUGAGACAGAACAGCGUUUCACGGAAGCACAGGGAGGGGCGCUUUGCCCAGUGUGAGCUGUGCACGGAGCUGAUGCGGUUGGAGACAGGUUGUUUAUAUUGGAGCACAACUUUUAAACUUGCAGAUUAAUUUAUAUAAUUGAGAUCAUUUGAGAAGAACAUUCUAGCAUUGUUAAGAAUUACAGAAUACAUUACACACACGUCAGGACGGAUGUAAGCACUGCUUUGUGAACAGGUUUAUUCUUUGCAACAUGGUCUCGCUCUGUAGCUCAGCCUGCUCUUGGAAUUGUGACAGUCUUCCUCGCUUGGCCUCCCAAGUGCCAGGCUCACAACUGUGCCACAGGGCCUGGCUUUAUAAACAGGCGUGUUGACUUGGAAUUCGGAAAAGGCCGUUCUCAUUCUGACCGUGUGAACAGGCUGUACGUUCUCACUUUGUCUGUAGACCUUCCCAUUUCUAACACCUUGUCUGUUGGAAGCCUUCAGGAAUCGCCCAGGGUACCUCUGGCCAGUCUUAGGGGCAGCUGUCUACCCUAUCUAAUUGCGUUUUGAUGAAGUCAGACAUUGCAUGAGUGGCUGUCUGCCUUCGGGAAUGUACAGAAAAGCAGAUUUGCUUAUGCUUCCGUGGCAGGGUCUGAGUUGGGAACUCAAGAGCGCACUGGGUAUUUGAAUGGUGCUGUUCCAUGGUGCUUCUUCCUGUUGAGUUAUGUGUGACGGGCGCCAUGGUAACUAAGGACUGAUUUGUACAUGUUUAUACUGCUGUGUUGGAGACAUUUCUUUACAGUCCUCUACAGUGUGUGUGUGGGGGGGGGGGGUGUUCUUUUUUUUUUUUUUUACUUUGAAAUGACCUUUGAAGUGUUUUUUUCUAGGCUAUGGAUUUUUUUUUUUUCAAAAAGCGUCAUCUUGUAGCAUAACGUGUACUUGAGGUAAUAAAGAAUGAUAUUUUAGGAGAUCGGGUACUCUCCGAGCCCAGCCACAUGUAGUCCUUUGGUCAAAUGUGUGCUUGGGUCCUUGGUCUCUGUUUAGUUUGCCCUCCCUUCUCUCUUGAGCUACAGUAGAACCCACGGCAUCCCAGGCAUCUGACUUGGUACUGACUGUGACAUAUACGGGCAGGCAGUCCUGUAUGGAGGGCGUCAGAGCCUAGCAACGCACAGUGAAGACAUGGGUAGGUAUAAGAGAUGAUAGAAUACCCACAGGAAGGACUUCCAGAAAGCAGAAGACCCUUUGUGGUGUUAAGAGGAGCCAUAUUGUCCGGUCCCCUUGCCUAUUCCCUGCCCUAAGUUCCAUAGCUGGUGGUUUCCAGGAGGCCGGUGACCAUCUUCAGCCGUAAAGCCUCUAGACGAAAGUUUAGACAGAACAGCAACUUGGUUUAAGCAGUUGAGCUGCAGCUGGCUUCUCUACUUUCCUUCCAGGACAUGGGGAGAAGCCCUGGGGCACGUGGUGCUGCUGCUGAAUUACAGCUCCAAGGAGCUGGUAUACUGAUGCCCAGCGGUGCACUUUGGCCUGGAGUUAGCAGCCCCUCUGCCCGCUGACUCGCUGGCUUUGAGCCCUUCUCUAGGGAUGAGGGGGCUGCUUUUGUCAGCACUUGUCCCUUUAUUACAGACAUAGCAGCUCCUAAAUGACCACUGUGGGCCACUGGCCUUGUUUUAAGUCUUAGUGGACUACGGAGGUUUCCAAACCAGACUUACAGUAGCGUGGCAGCCUGAGCAGCACAGAUCUUUCUGGAAACAGUGUUCUGGCACAUUUGCCAUUUUACCAAGGGGGCACACAGAGCUCUGCAGCGUAGAGGCCCUUCAGCUCUGGGUGGGGUGUUUAAAGUUACAACAGACCCAGAUCUUGUAGCUUGUCCUACUGAAGGGAACGUGCCUUGCCCUUGAGAAAGCUGCUGCCUUCAACCUGAGACUGGGCUGGAUGUUGGCUCAACUGAGUCAUGGUUGCGUACCUCUGAGAGAAUGUCUUUUUGUUAUUCCCCUUCACUUUCUAGACUCAAAGUGAAUCCGAGUGAGGUGGGCAGCCUCCAGCCUGGAGUGACUGAGUAUCUAGCAUUAAUCUCGUUUUCUCUGGAGUUCUUGCCCGUUGUGUGUCUCUGGAGUGCAGGCGGGGAACAUGGGACACCACAACAUACGGCUUACAUAACAUCACCCUGCUUCACAGUGGUGAUGUUAGGGACUGGAAACCCUGCCUUGUUUGGUGGUUCUGUAUUGCAUGUGUGUUUUAGCAUGUAUAAACACCUUUAUCAUGUAUCCAUUCCCACCCAAGACCUAGCUCCUGUGGCUUUGUUCUGUGAAAGACAGAUGGCUACACCUUUCAGGACACGCACACUGCUUGCUUUAAUCUGCUGUGUCGGAGCAGGACAAAUCUUCAAAGGUCCAGCGUUCGUGGCUGUUAAAACUAGCUCAAGCCAGCAGCCGAGCUCACCAGGCCCCUUGUUGAACGAGCAAGCAAGGGAAGAUAGUUUUUGGCAUCUCUGAUUUAAUGGGCGUGUGGUCCUCUGCAGGAGAGUGGAAAGGCUCUUUCCACUGACCUGAAGCAGCAGUGUGGCAGACAGACAGCCUUUCCCUGGAAACAUGGGUGAUUCUUAGCUUCUGAUGUGAAAUGAGUCAUGAUCACUCUCCGAGUUUAUUUAAAUUCAGAGUUGUCUUGCAGUGGCUAGGGAAGUGGGGGUUUUAAGAUGCUGGUCUCAGCGGUACAGAAUAAACCUCUUAAAGGAUCUGUGGCUGAAAAUGUGCCAUUACCAAUGAAUGUUUUGUCUUCAGGCACUGAGAUGAACGGCUCCUUGGGUGAUCAUUGGCAUUUCCGCCUUAUGUCUCAAAGGAACCACACCUCUUUGAAGGGAUUGACAAAUGCUAUUGUGUCAAAUGUGGAAUAUAAUAGAUGCUAAUUUGUAGUUCAUGUCCCUCCUGCAUUCAAUUAGAGCUAUUGUGUUUCUGGAUCUCUUUAGCUUUGGGUUACAUUGUCGCUGGAGCAUGUAGUUUUCAAUCAGUAAUUGUUCGUAGGUUCCUGAAAGGUACAAAGUUUCUUCUGUCUUAGGUACUUUUUUUUCCUUGCUCAACACAGGAGGAAACAGUAGGAUUCUGCAGUGUGACAGGCGUUCCCUAGGAAAACAUAGUCAGCUCCACUUUGUAACAAGCUGGCCUUUCUCAAAUGCCCUAACUGCAGUGUGAUGGGCGUUCACUACAGUGGCAUUCUGUGUAGAAGUUUCGGGGUGGUGAGGGAGGUUGUGAUAGGGUUUAUUUGUGUAGCCAGCCUGCAGAAUUUUUGGUGGAUGUUUUUGUUUUGUUUGUUGUUUUGUUUCUCUGUAUAGCCCUGGCCGUCCUGGAACUCUCUGUAUAGACCAGGCUAGCCUCAAACUUAGAGAUCCACUUAGUUCUGCCUCCCUAGUGCUGGGAUUAAACGUGUACCGUUGUGCUUGGCUAAGUUAAAUUUGUAAUGAUUAAAAUUUCUCUGAAGCCUUUCAAGAAAAAAUAUGUAUGUUCUUUUUGCUGUGUCAUUUGGUAAAAAUACUGAGCCUUUGAAGAACAACUUCAGGCAUUAAGUUCAUCUUCAAUUUUGUUCCACAAAGCCCAAAAACUGAGACCAGAUGAUGGCGUCAGAAAACAGCCUUGUGAAGACCACGUGGGACGCUCGCCCUACUGCUGAAGGCGGUGCUUCCGGGGAGGUGCUUGGCCACACUACGCUGACGCUGACGUUCAUCUAAAGGGGGUACAGAGCUCACAGUCAAGGCUGCUGUGUCUGCAGACAGUAGCAAAUGGUGCUUUAGUUCUGUGCUCUGAUGUUUCCCCAAAUAAAACUUUUCU